AAAAUAAAAUUCGCUUUUGUUUUUUGGUUUUUUGAAUAAGAAAAGAAAUAAUUUAAUUGCUGCUUCUUUAUUGCUCUCAGCAGUGUUUUUGUUAUUGUAUUAUUCGUAACUGUCACACAUUGAGCUCUUCUCUCGCUUACACUUUCUCGCUCCGGUCAAGUAAGGAGUUGCAUCCACAUUCACAUCUACAUCUACAUCCACAUCCAUCAUUUGGCAGUUGACUGUUUUCAAUUCAGUUCAGUUCAGUUCAAUUCGAUUCAACCGGUUCGGCGAUUCGAUGAUUCGACGAUUCGGCGAGUGUUAAAUGGCAAAUGUGUUAUCCUUUUUGCAGGUGUUGCAGUGCACAUUAUUAACUUGUGUGUGACUUAAUAAUAAUUUAAUAAUUAAUUUGUUUAAAACAAUUAAAAGAAGAGAAAAGAAAAAAAAUUAAGUAAAAUUAAAAUUAACAGAAAUUUAAUUAUUGAAACGAAUCCAACAAUUUCGUGAGGACAUUCAGCAGAUAUAUUCUAAGUCCUAAAGGAUUAAUAGUAAAAGCCGCACAACCAUUCGAAAGAGAACCACAAUAAACUUACUUAGUUCGGUGCGUGUCAGCACUUUAAUUAAUUAUAUAUAGAUUUAUAUAUAUAUAAAUACAUAUGUGGUGAAUGUAAUAUGCUAUAAUUGCAACAAAAUGUGCCUCUACGAAAAAUCAAAAACUUAUACAUAUAAAAAAUUUGUGAAAUAUUAACACACAAAUUGCAUUUAAAAUUUAAAAAUACUUAGCCAAAUCAAACACGCUGAAAUAUGACAACUGAGUAUUCAGCACACCCAGCUUUAGCUUCCGAGCAGUUAAAACGUGCUGAACUGGCGAACAAUUGUUCCAAUACAGCGCAAACCUAUCACAGGCGGCACAUAUCAGGGUCAAGUGGGAGUAAAAGCUUAUUUUCUACGCUAACAGAUGCCUUAACAGCAGUAACAAAAUCUGCAAGCAAACCCGCCAAAAUAACUUCCAACACUUCAAAAACAACAGCCACCAUUACUAAAACUAGUGAUAUAGUAAGUUCUACGAACGAUAUCAAUACAACUGAUGAGCCACAGAAGACGCUGCCUGAUCGAACUAGUUUUACUGAUAUCAGUCAGGUACGAGCUGAUAACAAUGUCAUUGGUAUUAGUUUUGCAAAUUUAGAUGAUAAUGACACCAAAGACUGUGUAGACUGUGCGCCCACAAUACCAACAGUCUCAAUUGAUGAACCAGACCAUCUGCAGCAUCGUUUUAGUCGAACACCACAACACCAACAAAAUAGUCGACAGUAUUUUUCUCAGCAGCGACAAAAUGAUAUUGAUAAGGAAAAAGAUAAUUUAAAUGAAAUAGAUGAUCGAGAUGUUUGCAGUAGUGCUAUAAUGCAGACACACAUCAACGAUGGAUGUUUAAGCGAUUUAAGUAGUAUUAUAAGUUCACCAGCACCCAGUACAGUAUCUUCACCACUUUCUACGCCGACAAGACUUGCGCCACACUUUCAACAAAGUCAUCACAAUUUUCACAAUCAUCACAAUCAACACAAUUAUCAUAAUCACAGCCACAAUCAGAAUCAAAAUCAAAAUCAAAAUCAAUAUUGCUGUCAAAAGUCAACAACAGCGGAUAAUGUUAAUGUGGCGGGUAUGGGUGGUAACAAUACGUUGUCUGGCACAUCGUUGUCGCUUCCAACAGCGACGUCACAACACCAACAUCAGCACCAUCAGCAACAACAUAAUCAUCAUCAUCACCACCAUCAACAUCAUCAUCAUCUACAUCAUGCGCAUCAUCAUCAUCAAGCUAAGGCCGCAAGCGGAUGUAAAAAACUACAGAAAUUUGAUCCGCGACUUGGUCCGUCGCCCUAUCGUCAGCUCUUGCCGAUCGCGUUAUGCAUAUUGUCAUUUGCGACCGUUUUCAGCAUAUUAAUUGUUUAUAUGGAUACGACAGAAAUUCGCCAUCAACAAUUUCGUUUGAAUAUGUCACGGGACUAUGAAUUUUAUGGUGUGGCUCAAGAUAAUCCACGGCUUAUAGAAUUUCUACAACAGCUGCAUAUGCCCAAGAAUGCAUUACAUUUUGUCAAGAAUCGCGAUGCAAGUAAUGAACCCCAACAGCAACAGCAUUUCAAUUUUAGUGGAGCACAUAAAAAUGAAUUAACACCGGAGAUGGCACACUAUGUUGCCGAUUUAGUGGGUGGAAAGAUGAAUGGCGCAGUAAUACAAUCAUUACCAGGUACUCUCGGGCAUCUUAUGACAGCGCCAUGGCUAGCAGAGACACUAAAUUGGGCGGGAGUUAUUGUUGAGCCGGAACCAAGAAGAUUUUUUACUUUACGCAAGCAAAAUGCGCAACGCGAUCGUAUGCAAGUAUUGCACGCAUGUGUCUCACCUAAUUCCUAUCCGAAAGAGGUCACCAUUCAUAAUGAAGACGCUGAAGUGCGAAUUAAUAGUCUACUUGAUGAGGAGACAUCGUGCUUUUAUUCGCGUGUUAAAUGCUUUCCACUCUAUACAAUAAUGCUAGCAUGCAACCGAGUAACUUACGAUCUGCUCAGUUUAGGCGUGCAUGGCCAUGAGUUGGAGAUUUUACAAACGCUGCCUUUUGACAAAGUUCAAAUUGAAGUGAUAUCGAUACAUUUGCACGACGAGUACUUUCGCAACGAUAUACGCAAUUACAUACAAUCGAUUACAAAGUUCCUAAUGGGAAAAUCCUACAAGCUGCAAAAACAGUUCGGCAAGAAUUAUUUUUAUCAAAAAAUCAAUACCACAAGCCGAACAUGAGGAAAGCCUAAGGAUUAAACUGGGUACUGGUAUUCAAGACGCCUUAAGAAGAGGGACAGCUAUUACUUUUAUGCGGUCUACCUCUUCUCUCGAAGUAUAAGCAUACACAAAAACUCAUACAUAUACAACACUUACUAUACCACACUACACCACUACACACGCCUCUAAAAAUUUCUAUGGCUGCUAUUUAUUAAUAAAAUACGUAAAAUUAUAUAUAUAUAUGAAUAUAUUUAU